GUCAUGUUUUAAUGAUGUAUUAUUAAUAACUGUGAUAACGUAUUCACUGCUCUAUGUACGACAAUUUGUUUCCUGCAUAGUGUAAAAGUUGUCGGUAGCAAAAUAAGAAACAUCAAUAAUCGAGUUCAAUCUGAAAAUGAGUGCUAAUUUUUUAAGAAAAGCAGCAAUAAUUACUGCUGGAGGAGCAAUAGGUACUGGAAUAGUAGUUUUUGGUGCUCCACUUGCUGUUGCAGCUGUUGGAUUUGGAUCUUCGGGAAUAACAGCAGGAAGUACUGCAGCCUGGUUGAUGAGUUUGUCUGGUGGAGCAACACAAGCUGGAAGUGUCGUAGCUGUAUGUCAAAGUAUUGGAGCAACUGGAGCUGUUGCUACUUCUACGAGUGCUUUAGGAGGAGUUUUAGGAGGAGCAGCUGGAUAUUUUGUGAGUAGAAAUGGUAAUAGAUCUAAUGACGAACCAAACCAAAGACCAGAUCAAGAACCAGAUCAAAGACUCGGUCAAGGAAGAAGAAGUGAAGAAGAGUCAAGCGAAGAGAAUGAGGAAGACGAAGAACAGAACGUAUAAAACAAAAUCAAUCUAUUAUAUUCCUUAUAUCAUUGUAAUAGUGGAAAUAAAUUUAUUUCCUGUAUAAUCACGAUUGUUUUAUGAAAGUUUUAAGAAAGACAAAAUAAAAAAUUACACUUUUCUGAAAUUUAUCGAAGUUAAUCGAUAUUACUCAUGCUUUACUACUUUUCAAGGAGUUUCUUACAAAAUUUUUUACUGUUUUAUAUUUUGUCUGCUUUAAUGGAAAAUUAUAAAUGAAUCAA